UUCUACAUAAAAAUACAGACUUUCUUCUUCUCCUUCUUCGUCUUCUACUUUAUUCCUGGUUCAGUUUCAAAUUUUUUUGCUGCUUCAUUUUAUCAUAUUUGUGUCAGAAUACUGAACUGAACUAGAGGACUGAGACUUGGGAUUCAGUUCUCUCUCUCUCUCUCUCUCUCUUAGGGCUUUUUUUUUUUUUUUUUCUCUAGCUGUGUUUUUUCUUUUUCGUUUUUUGGAAUUUUAAGUGGAAUAGUCGGCGAAGUUUGAAAGCAUGAGGAAGAAGCUUGAUACUCGUUUCCCGGCUGCUCGUAUUAAGAAGAUUAUGCAAGCUGAUGAGGAUGUUGGGAAGAUUGCCAUGGCUGUGCCUCUUCUAGUCUCUAAAGCUUUGGAGCUAUUUCUGCAAGAUCUAUGUGAUCACACAUAUGAAAUUACUUUGAAGAGAGGAGCAAAGACCAUGAAUUCUUUGCAUUUGAAACAGUGUGUCCAGACAUUUAAUGUUUUUGAUUUUCUGAGGGAUAUUGUCAACAAGGUUCCUGAUCUAGGUGGUUUUGAUGCUGCUGAUGAAGAUCGUUCUGCUGCCAAAAGAAGGAAAGUUACUGACGAUGAUGAAAAUGACAGUGAUGAUGAGUCCAAGAGAAGUGGGAUGCUGGAGGCUGGCCACUCAACCAGCAGUGGCAGAGGAAGGGGUAGGGGCAGAGGUAGAGGUCGUGGGCGUGGUAGUCGAACAGUAGAGAGGGAGGUGACUGCACACUCUGAGAAGUUUGAAGAUGAUUCCGAAAUUUCCAAGCACAAUCAAGGCCUUGAGAGGCUCAAUAAUUGGGCAGAAACCGAGGAUUCAAAGGAGCAAAUUCUAGCUGGUAAAGGUGAAGAAGCGCCAAUUCGAAAUUUUGACUUGAAUGUGGUCUUGGAUGAGAAUGGGGACUUGGAAACUGUAGCUGCUGGCUCCGGCAGUUCAUGUGCUGAGCUCGUUCCGGAAACGAAACAUCAUGAAUACCCUGGCUGGUCCUUACCUGACAUGGAAAAGAUGGCCAUUGAUCCUAUUCAACUCGCCAACUUUAGUAGAAGAAUAGAAGAGGAUGAGGAAGAUUACGAUGAAGAGGGUUGAAUGAUCAUGUGUCAGUACUGGUGUUUGUAGUUACUUACCCCAAAUAGGUUAGCAGUUGUUAUUUUCAGAUGUACAAGUAGGUUUCAGGUUAAUAUUGCUCUGACAGAGGGUUGAGGAGUAGGAAAUAGGAAUAUGAACAAAAACUGCAAACACCAUUCUUGGGUAGAAUGAAACCUUAGUUAUUUUGGGCAUCUUUAGACGUUUGUAUUAUAUGCAUCUGUAUGGUUUAGUGACAGCUUCAAGCCUAGUUUCUUCCUGUAGCAAUGGCAGAUUUGAUAUGUUUCAGCAAACAA